GCAAAUGCAGACGGGAGGGAAUCCUGUUCUGCGAGCUGGUGAUAUGCUACUAGGAUGGAUAAAAAGACCGUGGGGUAAAACAUAGGCCACGUUUUUAGUGAACCAGCGCCGAGAUAAGCUUUUUCAUCGUAUGUAAAAGUAAGCACAACAAAAUGGAUAUUCUUAAGUCUUUAGGACAUCCGGAAGAAAUAUACAACCUGUUUAAAUUCAAAAUGGGAGGCUGUCGCGCUGUCAUGCCCAAAUUGGAUUAUGAGUCCAUGAGCGAGACUUUGCGGACAUGCUAUGUUUAUUUGAACCAGACCAGCCGAAGUUUCGCCGCUGUAAUCCAGGCCCUCGACGGAGAGUUACGUCAUGCUGUAUGUAUAUUCUACCUGGUUCUUCGGGCCCUGGACACAGUUGAAGACGACAUGACCAUUCCUUUGGAGAAGAAGGUUCCACUGCUGCAUGACUUCCACACGUUCCUCUAUGAGCCAGACUGGUGCUUCACAGAGAGCAAGGAGAAGGACCGACAAGUGCUAGAGGACUUUCCAUCGAUUUCAGUAGAAUUCAGGAACCUGGGCCAGGAAUAUCAGGAUGUGAUUUCAGAUAUUUGCCACAGAAUGGGGGUUGGGAUGGCAGAAUUCCUUGAGAAGAAAGUUGGCACAAUGCAGGAGUGGGAUAAGUACUGUCACUAUGUGGCUGGUCUGGUAGGCAUGGGUCUCUCGCAACUUUUCUCUGCAUCCCAGCUGGAGGACCCUGAGGUGGGCCGAGACACUGAGCUGGCCAACUCCAUGGGCCUUUUCUUACAGAAGACUAACAUCAUCAGAGACUACUUGGAGGACCAGCAGGAAGGCCGGGUGUUCUGGCCACAGGAGGCAUGGAGUCAGUUUGCCUCUCAUUUGCAAGACUUUGCCCAGCCGCAGAACCUGAGCUCAGCCCUGGCCUGCCUCAACCUGCUGGUGACUGAUGCCCUCCGCCAUGUUCCUGAUGUCAUUGCUUACCUGUCCCGGCUUCGCAACCAGAGCGUCUUCAACUUCUGUGCCAUCCCACAGGUCAUGGCAAUAGCAACUCUCUCAGCCUGCUACAACAAUCCGCAGGUGUUUCAGGGCGUGGUAAAAAUCAGGAAGGGACAGGCUGUCACUCUGAUGAUGGAGGCCACAAACAUGCAAGCCGUACAGAGCAUCAUUGCACAGUACACUCAAGAGAUUCUGCAGAAAGUCUCGCUGUCCGAUCCAUCGCGGGACAAAACACUGUGUAUCCUGGGUGUGAUCCAGGAAAAGACACUUUCUAAGACAGCACUGCCCUCCAGAGCCCACCACCUCUCUCCCUUCUACCUUUCUGCUGCCAUGCUCCUUGCUGCACUCAGCUGGCAGUAUCUCAGUGUCACCCAGUCCCCAGGCAGCACCGACAUGCAGGGCAGCUGAGUCUGUCCUUUUCUCCAAAGCACCCUUAGCCCUAAUGAGGCAUGUAAUCACAUAGAUUCUUGAAAGUAAGCUCCCCCAUCACCAUCCUGACCUGCUGCUCUGCAAUGACCUCUCAGCUAUAUCAGCCAUCAAAGACUCUAGGAAUGUUUAAAAUAUUUCUAGUCUUUCACUGGAAAAUGCAGUUGUUUGUAUUUGAUGCCAUUUGCAGCAUCCAGAUCUUUCAGUGAUGUAAUUCUGUUCUUUUGGAUUUUUCUGUUUGGAUUUUGGUUUUCAGACUAUUUAUAUCAAUUGACUUCACCUUAUUUACUGGUCUUUCUCAUUAGAAGCACACUUAAAAACAUAUUAUUGUUCUUUCAAAAAUGGUCCUGUAAUUUCUAAAUAUCAAAUCACAGUAGUUGUGACCAUAAAAGGUUCUGUUAUAUAAGCAGUGGACAGCAUGCAUGAGACAACCUUGUGCAGCCAUUGCUUUUAGCACUUUUAAAGUGACACCUUCGUGAGACGUGUGUGUUUCUGAAAAUCUUAUAUCAUUGAAUUUAUACACAGUCAUGUAUUCAUUUUCAAAACUUUUUGACAGUUUCAUAUUUUGGUUCAAGUUUUCAGAGUGAAUGUGUUUUUGUUUUUUUUUUUUUGUUUUUUUGAAACAACGUGGAAAUGUAGGUAACAGAAAACAAAGCGACCCAUUUUAGAUGUUAUAUGUCUGAGAUGGAUAGAUGGACUGCAGCAGUCUGCUGCAAAUUGUUUUAGCUGCAAAGCUAUGUAGAAAGCUUACUAGAAGUUUGUACCUAAGCAAAGGUAAAAUGGUAAUAACAUUGCUAUGUAAUGUGGGACUUUGAUUUGUACAUAUUUCAAAAGAAAAUAAAAGUGUAAAAGUGUA